AAGAUAACCCACGUGUAUGCACGUGGGCAACCUGCAAGGGUGGGGCUAAAUUAUCAUAAGUUUAUAAAAGUCAGUAAAAAGUAAAACAGAUCUGGCAUGGCCCGGACAUUGCUGGAGUAUUUUAAGAAGGCAAAGCCUGAGACUGGAGAUAUAGUGGAAGGGAGUGGGGAGGAGACAAGAGACAAUGCCACGCCCACUGAAGUCACUAAUACUGAAUUGUAUGAGCUUGAAAGUGAGCCUCAACUUCUUGUAGAGACUAAGAAUGAAUUUAUGAAAAACGAGGACAAUUAUUUCAGAGGCUGCAAGUGGUCUCCUGAUGGUACUUGUAUAUUGACUUGUAAUAACGACAAUAUACUGAGAUUAUAUAAUCUUCCGGAUGAACUCUACAGCUCUCCAUUCCCUGAUGACAUUCUACCAGAAAUGGUUCCUGUUGUCUCUGCUAGAGAAGGUGAAAUCAUAUAUGAUUAUGCCUGGUUCCCAAGAAUGUCAUCUCAUGAUUAUGCCACCUGCUGUUUUGCCAGUAGCUCUAAGAAUUCUCCUGUACAUUUGUUGGAUGCUUAUGAUGGUCGUUUGAGAUGUUCUUAUUUGUCAUACAACCAUUUAGAUGAGCUAAUAUCUCCACACUCGCUGUGCUUUAGUCUUGAUGGCUCCAAGCUUUAUACUGGCUAUCAGAAUAUGAUCAAAGUAUUUGACACUAGCAUACCCGGACGCGACUCUAAAACCAUCACAAUGAGUGAUGAUGAAAACAGUCAAUGUGGUAUUGUGUCCUGUAUAGCAAUGAAUCCAUCUUGUGCUACUGACUUUGUGAUUGGUACCUAUUCCGGUUCAGUGUCGUUUUAUUCAGAAAUUGCCAAAGGUUCUUUGUUUAGCAUCUCAUCAUACAAGAAAGGAAUAUCACAGAUAAUGUUUUCACCAUGUGGGAAUUAUUUAUUUUUCAGCGAAAGAAAAAGUUUUACACUUGGUAUAGUUGAUAUACGCAAGUACACAGUAACCCUUGAUGACAUUACCAGAACUGUUAACACAAAUCAACGCAUUUACUUUGACAUUAGCAAGGAUGGUGAUUGCCUAGCAACUGGUUCAACCAAUGGAUUUGUAAAAUUCAUCCGCUUAAAUGAUUUUAAAUUUAGGGAAUUUAAUGCACACAGUGAUGCUGUGAAUGGCUGCAGUAUUCAUCCUAGUUUGCCUCUGUUAGCCACAUCAAGUGGUCAGUGGAAGCCUCAGGUCAUUGAUGAUGAUGACGAUGAUGAUGAUGACAAAAUUAUUUUUGAAAACUCCCUUAAAAUUUGGUCGAUGGAUAAGAUAAUAAAUAUAUCUAAAACAAACUAUUUUUAAAUUAACCAUAAUCAAUGCAUUGCAUUUGCAAUGGCCAAUUUCACUAGUUCCCAAAGCCACUAUGGGACACAAUCUGUCUUACUCAUGUAUACUAUAGGUGGCAUAAUGCAAGUAGAUCUCACUCAAUUAUUAUUUCUAAAAAUCAUUAUUAUAUUUUUGCAAUUAUAACAACUCCAACACACAACCUAACAGUGGACUCUCUUUUAUUAAUACUCAAAACCAACGAUUGUAGAUAAAUUCACUAACAUCUGUACAACAAGGCAAUGUGUCACAUCAAUAUGUGUGUUGGUACAUAUUGCAUUACCAUAUACUGCUUGUAACAUGAUGAUAGAUAAUGGUAUGAUUUCUUAA